GCCGGUUUCGUUCCCGCGACCCCCGUGAUCACGUGACGCUUUCCCCAUUUCGCUACUUUGAUUGGCGAAUCGGCGGAUGAAUUUACUCUCUUUCUCACCCCCCUCCCUUUCUUUCUCUCUCGCUCUCUCCGCUCCGGCGGCUAGGGACCCAGCUUUGGUUUCAGCUCUGGACUUUCGACACGAAGAAGGAGCUGGAGGAAAAUAGCUAUCUUUUAAAACAUUAUUAUUUUUUAUUUUAUUCACGCUUGUCCGUAAUGAGAAGCAGUGCGGGGAAAAGAUGAAAGAAGCGAAUUCGGAACGCGAAUGUGCUGAUAGAGAAAAACAGCCGCCGCUGUUCGAAAAGCCGCCUGAUCGUGACGUGCCAACUCACGCGCUUUGCUCUCACCUUUGACUCCACCCGCUCGACUAAAAUAGCGGGGAGGGUCGGAAAAGGAAAGAACGGAUGUGCGCAUGCGCCGUUGCCUCCCGGGUCUGUUUAACGGUCAUAGAGUUGUGAGUCCUCCGCUUGCCAGAGCAGACGAAGACAGCGACAAGACCGGAAGAGGACCUUGAAUAGUUUGGGUUUCCUGCCGCUUUAUUAUUAGCUCCGGGUGAAACGGUUCUCCUCUCCACCGUUGGGUUUGAGCACGUUUCGGAAACCUCAAGUUUUGAGCUGGAGGAUUUGCGGGUUGCCAUGACGACGUGAGAGGCGCCCAACCAGGCCUAUGCAGGCUUCUACAAUGGAGAUGCCAGUCGCCGUCGUUCGCCUUCCGCGGGGGCCGGAUGGGACGAGCCGUGGCUUUGACCCCAGCUCCCCCCGUUUCCAAGCCUUGGGGCCCAGUCACCUCGCCUCCUUGGUCACCCCGAACCCAGCCGAGCUGGAGCAAGAGCAGCAGGGGAGGGUGGCGCUGCGGGAACGCUACCUGCGCAGCCUGUUGGCGAUGGCCGGCCGCUCCGUCAGCUUCACCAUGUACGAGAACGUCAGCGUCACAGCGCUCUUUGGCGCCUCCGACAUCGAUAUCCUGAACUUCCAGGUGUCUGAUCUGCAAACGCCGCUGGGGGUACAGCGAGAAGCCCUCCUCCGGUGCUCGGAUAUCGUCGCGUAUUCCUUCGAGCUUUAAGGGGCCCGCGAGCUCCUCUUGAAUAAAGAAUCUGCGAUAAAACAA